ACUGAUGAAGACAAGGGAGAGUUAGAGACCAUCCAGAACACAUUCAGCUCUCGAGUCAAUGACUUCACCAUGAUUCUGUUCACUGUGGACUCAGAUCCUACAGAUCCAGCUGUUGGUAACUUUGUGAAGGGAAACAAGAAAAUCCAGGAGCUCUGUGAGAGCUGUGGAGGAAGAUCAGUUGUUAUCAACAUCAAAGACAAACAGCAGAUCCCACAGCUGUUAGAUACUGUGGAAAAAAUGAGACCGGGCAAGGACAAACCAGGUAGUUAUACAACUGUAACAUUUGCACACGCUCAAAUAGAAAAGAUUGUUCAACAAGAGAGAAAUAUCACUCGGCAACAGGCUGAACUUGAAAAACUGAAAAACAAGAAACAUGACACAUGUGAUGAAGUGAAGCAGGACUCAGACUGUCUCAGGAUUGUGCUGAUUGGGAAGACUGGAAGUGGAAAGAGCUCAUCAGGAAAUACCAUUCUAGGAAGAAAGCAAUAUAAAGCUGAAUCGAGUCAAACAUCAGUCACCAAAUACUGUCAGAAAGCACAGGGUGAGGUGGACGGUCGUCCUGUUGGUGUGGUCGACACUCCUGGACUGUUUGACUCAACUUUGACACAUGAAGAAGUUUAUGAGGAGAUGGUGAAAUGUGUCAGUCUCCUGGCUCCAGGACCACACGUCUUCCUGCUGGUGAUGCAGAUUGGUAGAUUCACACCAGAGGAUAAACAAACACUUGAUUUUAUCAAGAGUGGGUUUGGAAAAAACUCUGAAAAGUUUACCCUUGUUCUUCUAACUGGAGGAGAUUCACUAGAGGAAGAUGAGGUGUCCAUUGAUACGUACAUGAAAACAAAAUGUGAUGAUUCCUUUAAGAAGCUGAUCUCUGACUGUGGAGGAAGAUACCAUGUGUUCAAUAACCGUGAGAAAAAAAAAAGCUCACAAGUCAAUGAGCUGAUAACAAAGAUUGACACAAUGGUGAAAAAAAAUGGAGGAAACUACUUCACCAAUGAGAUGCUGCAAGAGGCUGAAGCAGCGAUAAAGAAAGAAAUGCAGAGGAUCCUGAAGGAGAAAGAAGAAGAGAUGAAGAAACAGAUGGAGGAACUUGAAAGAAAACACGAAGAAGAAAAAGGAGCAAUGAAAAAAAGAAUGGCUGAGCAGGAAGAACAAAUUGAAAAAGAGAGAAAACUGAGAGAACAACAACUUAAAGAAAAGGAAGAAUUCAUCAACAAGGAGCGCGAGCAGAGAAAGAAAGAACAGGAGGAGAGAGAAGAAGAAGAG